AAGAAAAACAGAGAACUCAAAAUCAAAAUUUGGGUUCUUUGGUUGGGUUCUGUUUGGAAGGUGAGAAAAGAAAAGAAAAGAAAAGAAAAAGAAGAAGAAGAAGAAGAAUGUGGUUACCAAAAUCGAGCCUAGAAAGAAAGGAGAAAUUGAAUGUGAAUGGAUUGGUGGCAGUGGCAAUUGACAAAGACAAAGGAAGCCAAGGCGCUCUCAAAUGGGCAAUUGAUCAUUUGCUUCAAAAAGGACAGACUCUUUUCCUCAUCCAUGUCAAACCAAGAUCCUCUUCUAACUCUUCCCAAAAGCCGAAUUAUAAAUCUGACGCUGAUGCUAACAUCAAAGAACUAUUCCUCCCUUUUCGUUGCUUUUGUACCCGAAAGGAUAUACAAUGCAAAGAUAUUGUGUUGGAAGAUGUAGAUGUAGCCAAGGCCUUAAUCGAAUAUGUGGCUAAUACAACCAUAGAGAAUAUUGUUGUUGGUGCUUCAGCAAAAACUGGCUUCCUAAGGUUCAAGGCAACUGAUGUUCCAGGGAAUGUAGUAAAAGGGGCACCAGAUUUUUGCAAUGUGUUCGUCAUUUCUAAAGGGAAAAUCCAAUCCAUGCGUUCGGCGUCUCGGCCUGCUCCGACGAUAAGUCCUCUCAGAGGUCAAUUAGCGCAACAAUGCAGCGCCAAAUCUGAUGCAACCGAAUUCCAUUCUGCAACUGGAACUGCUGCAAGAGUUUCCAUCGAAAAGCCACCCGUUGGCCUUGAUUUUCCCUCUAAACCACCGCAGGACGAGCUCGAUUUCAUGAAGUCGCCAUUCACCAGGAAAGGAUACAAUUACAAGGCAUCGUAUGGAGACUUGUCGAUGCAUGAUUCGGAUAUAUCGUUUGUUAGCUCGGGAAGGCCGAGUAUUGAUCGCAUAUUUCCUUCACUUUAUGACAAUCAAGAUGUAGGGAGAGUUACCCCACGGAUGUCGAGCAGUACAGAUCUUGACUUGACUCACAGCUUCGAGUCGCUGCAUAUGGGACGGAUGUCGCUCGAUAUGAGCUGUCCCUCCGAGUUCUCUUCCAUCUCGCAAGAUAGUGACAGACUCUCAAUCUCAUCACAGGCUAUGGAAGAUGUUGAGGCCGAGAUGCGGCGGCUGAAGCUUGAACUGAAGCAGACCAUGGAAAUGUACAGUACAGCCUGCAAGGAAGCGCUUACAGCAAAACAAAAGGCAGUUGAGCUACAGCGCUGGAAAUUAGAAGAAGAGCGGAGAUUAGAAGAGGCGAGAUUAGCCGGGGAAGCUGCAUUGGCACUAGCAGAACAGGAGAAGGCGAAGUCGAAAGCAGCCAUCGAAGCUGCUGAAGCAGCUAGGAGGAUUGCGGAAUUGGAAGCACAGAAGAGAAUGAAGGCUGAAAUGAGAGCACUAAAAGAAGCUGAAGAGAAGAAAAAGGCAGUUGAUGCAUUGUCACAAAAUGAUAUCAGGUAUAGAAAGUAUACGAUCGAGGAGAUCGAAGCGGCAACGGAGUUCUUUUCCGAAUCCCGCAAGAUCGGAGAAGGAGGUUAUGGGCCUGUAUAUAAGUGUGAUCUCGAUCAUACUCCUGUUGCGAUUAAGGUUCUACGUCCUGAUGCAACUCAAGGACGGUCACAGUUUAAACAAGAGGUAGAAGUUCUUAGCUGCAUUCGGCAUCCGAACAUGGUUCUCCUCCUUGGAGCUUGCCCUGAGUAUGGCUGCUUGGUGUAUGAGUUCAUGGCGAAUGGUAGCUUAGAGGACCGACUUGCGCGACGAGGAAACACGCCUCCUCUUUCAUGGCAGCUGAGGUUUAAAAUUGCAGCUGAAAUUGGAACGGCAUUGUUGUUCCUACACCAGACAAAGCCAGAGCCUCUUGUGCACCGCGAUCUCAAACCCGCCAACAUCUUGCUUGACCGUAACUUCGUGAGCAAGAUCAGUGAUGUUGGCUUGGCCAGGCUUGUACCUCCAUCAGUUGCCGAUAACGUAACGCAAUAUCGAAUGACAUCAACUGCUGGAACAUUUUGCUACAUCGACCCCGAGUAUCAACAGACGGGUAUGCUCGGUGUGAAAUCUGACAUAUACUCCCUAGGUAUCAUGUUUCUCCAACUGAUAACUUCCAGGCCCCCAAUGGGUUUGACUCACCAUGUCGAAAGAGCUAUUGAGAAGGGGACGUUCGCGAGUAUUCUCGAUCCAACCGUCUCCGAUUGGCCUGUCGAAGAAGCUCUGUCUUUCGCCAAGAUGUCACUCAAGUGUGCUGAGUUAAGACGUAAAGAUAGGCCCGAUCUCGGGAAGGCCAUCCUGCCAGAGCUUAACAGGUUGAGAACCAUUGCAGAAGACACAAUGCAUCCAACACUGAUGGGAGGAGACACAAGUCCCUCCCGUAGCCACAGCCAAGUUUCUCUACAGUUGGGGUCAAUGACUUCGUCCCAUCAAUCAUUCUAUAGCUCGAAAAAUCAUUCUGUUACUUGAUCGAUGGAAAAAUUCUGAGAAACAAGAGUUGUUUGAGCACGUAAAUUAUUCAUCUCGACUGGCAUGUUUGAUUCAAAAAAAGUAUUUGGUAGCCCAAGAAGAUCUUAUUUGAUUCAAACAAGAAUAUGUAAUGGUUAGGAGAAUAAUAAUGAAUCACUUUUUCAGAAGAGGAAUGUAAAAGUUUUGCCUCAGCUUAUCCUCAGACGAUGAUCGCCAUUGAUUUGUAGGAUGUUGGCUGUGCUGAAGGGCAGAAAAUUGACGAUAUUUAUUUGUUCAUCUUUUGCUUCAGUGAUGUACAAAUUCUCUUCUUUAUUUUUUUUUAUUUUAUUUUUGCCAUUCUUUUGUAACUCAUUUGAUUAUGUAUCAUAGGGGCUAGU